UUUUAAAGUGAACUUAUUCCUUCGUCCAAUGAGUGUUGCCGAUUCCAUAAAACUUCUGUUAGUUUCUCACGGUUCAUUGGGCAGAUUAUCCACGGUCCUUACGCAAUCUGAGGACGCACAGUGCACUAGCGGAGGCUAUCGACCUUCCCGCGAUUACUUGAAAGAACUGUUAUGUUGUUGGAAAUAACUUGGUGUCCAGAGGCGCGCAGGGCAGGCUUAGCUCAGCCAGUCGCCUGCACGCGGGACUCGGGGCCACUUCACCAGACACCACUUUACAAGCUUACAAAAUGUGCGCAAAAUCUAUUUUGUUGUUAUUUUCCAUUUUAUCGACUUACGUAGACUCAGCUUCGUUUGACCAGCGUCAGACUGGAAACUUGAACGUGCAAGUAGAUUUGAAGGACAUCCAAAUCAUUGCUUUGAUGAAAGGCGGCAAGGAAGAAUAUGUGGAUUACGACUAUGCCUACGAUUACUCAGAGAUGACGAUAAGACCGCAAAACGGUUCGACAACACCGAGACCGUUAAAUGCAACCACUGAUGCUGAAAAUGAUUCAACCACUGUAGCCGAUCUGUCGACGGAGACGAUAAAAAAUGAUACGUGGUUGAGUGCCGAGACCACACCGGCACCUACCGUGGCGAGCCAGCAAGACACGUUUUCGUCGACAGAAAAAAGUACCGAAGCAACGGCAUCGUCUCCGCCGAUUCCUAAUAAUGACAAAAACAUCACAGUAACACAGACUUCCUCAAAUAGCACGGAAUGUAAAAAAGGCUUUAUUCUUAAUGUCAAAGGUGAUUGCGAACUCAAAUUGCAAGGCACCGGAAAUGCGUUGCUGAAAUUAGUUAAAUUAUCCCAGAGGUUGAAACUGAAGAGGGAAAACCGAAGAAAUCAGAAUCAUUCAACAUAAGCUACGGGACUACUGCUAAUAUAGCUUAUAUACUUAUAUGUGACAAAGACUGCAAGAAUUAAAUUUUGUUAAAAAUUCCUUCUAUGGGUUUUUAGUACAUAUUUUCCUUUAGUAUGAAUUGCAUUGUUUUAUAUUUUAGGGCUGUAUAAGUAUGAGGAAAACUGUAUGCUAGUCAUUCUUCCCAAGCAUAUUGUUAUUUUGGACACAUGUGCUUAUUAUUAAUUGCCAUCCCUCGCACUGGCAAUGUGAAAGUUAGUAAUUAUUAUAACUUAUAACAUUUAUGAGUUUCGGUUUUGGUUGUCAGUAAAGAUGUUAACAUGUUUAUGGCAA